AUGCAGUGGAAGACUCUCAUCGCGCUGGCGCUGGCUGCACCAACGAACGCGCUCAUCCGCUUCUCCUGCUCGCAGUUGACCAUCGACCGCGUGAAACCCCUCGUCAAAACGGUCUGGCGCCGUCUCCCCAUCUCCACCAGAUCAUCGGUGGUGUACCGAAAGACAUGGCGGCCGAGUCGACGUGCACGACCUGCGCAGUUCACCAAGGACACGUCCAACUACUGGACAGCCGUGCUCUUCUUCCAAGCGCGCAACGGCACCUUCAAGCGGGUGCCGAUCCGACAGAACGUCGGGUUCGACGGGGCCGAGGGCGGCAUGACGGUCUACUAUAUGCAAAACGGCAUAGCCGGCUACCAGCAGGGGUCGAAGGGCACGGCUUCCAAGCCUAGCUUCCGUAUGAUCAUCGGCAAUCCCCUGACCAAGACGGCCGAGGAAGCCAACAGAUACAGGCAGGUGACCUACACCUGUCUCCAAGACAUCAACACCCGGUUCCCGGAGACGAAGAACCUCCCCAACAAGGCAUGUCCGGCCGGCAUCAUGGCGAACAUCCGCUUCCCGACAUGCUGGGACGGCAAGAACCUCGACACGGCGGACCACAUGGCGCACGUGACAUACCCAUCCAACGGCAUCUUCGAGUCGAGAGCGUCCUGCCCGCCGACGCACCCGGUGCCGGUCCCGCAGCUGACGUACGAGACCAUCUGGGACACGCGCGAGUUCAACGACCCGGCCGAGUGGCCCGAGGACGGGACGCAGCCCUUCGUGUGGAGUUUCGGCGAUACGAUUGGCUAUGGCAGCCAUGGCGACUACCUCUUCGGCUGGAAGGGUGACGCGCUUCAGCGGACCAUGGACACGCCAACAGGUGCAGGGGCGCGCGGACCGUCAUCGAGGACAUUGACGGAUGGCUCCAUGCGAUCCCAGGACGACAAGAUGGUGUCCAGUCCAGCGACCUCUCUUGUCUUGCGGGGCGUGGGCGUCAUCCUCCUCCUCGUCGUGGCGAGAUUCAUGUACCGUGGCUACUUGUCGCGGUCGAGGGUGCGGGCCUUGAAAGCCCAAGGCAUCCCCAUGCUGCCUCAUUCUCUGAUCUGGGGUCAUUUGAAGAUCUUUGGUGACUUUCGGGCAGCUCACCCACCCGAUGUCAACAUUUACGUCUUCCACCCAUGGCUUGCCGCCAACAGCAAGAAGUAUUUCCCUGGCCUGGACGGCCUGCCGCCCGUGGUGUACGUCGAUAUGUGGCCUGUCACGGACUCGCUGGCUCUGGUCUUUGAUCCCGUUGCUGGAUCCCAGUUCACCCAGACCCCGAGCCUGCCCAAGCUCCCACUCACCACUGAAUUCCUGGAACCAAUGACGUCGGGCCUUGACCUCGUCAGCGACAACGGAGAUUCCUGGAAGACAUGGCGCUCCAGGUUCAACCCAGGCUUCAGCCAACGAAACUUGACCGCCAUGCUCCCGGAACUCAUCGAGGAAGCCACCGUCUUCAUUAACGGCCUCAAGAAGCUGGCCGGCAGCGGGGACAGCUGGGGCCCGGUCUUCCAGCUCGAGCAGAGGACGACGAACCUAACCUUUGAUGUCAUCGUCAGAGCAUCGCUAGGUAUGCGCCUUCACGAGCAAAGGAGGCAAUCCGAGAGCCCGCUAAAGGCCGCUAUGAGGGACCAAAUUCGUAUCAUGGGAAUGACGGCUAACGCCGCGCGAGCAAUUCCUCUUGGACGAAUGCCUUGGCACAAGGCAGCCAUUUUGCGUAACAACAGGAUCAUGCGAGAAGCCCUGAUGCCCCAUAUCGAGAAGAGAAUCCAGACAGACGCGAACGCCGUGCAGACCAAGACCGUGGUAGAUCUGGCAAUCAAGUAUGUCGACAAGGACGACCCUGCUGCUUCGAGGGAAAAGCCCAAUCCCGAGUUCCUGGACAGACUCGUCGCCAAUCUCAAGGUCUUUCUCUUCGCGGGUCACGAUACCACGGCCUCGACCAUCUGCUUCAUGACGAAGAUGCUCCAGGACCAUCCCGACAGCUUGGCAAAGAUACGAGCCGAGCACGACGCAGUAGUCGGUCCUGACCCCGAAAAGGCCAUUGAGGUCAUCACGGCAUCUCCUCACCUCCUCUACUCGCUCCCUUAUACGCUGGGAGUCAUCAAAGAGACACUGCGGCUUUACCCCCUAGCUGCCACCAUACGCGAAUCCCACCAAGGCCUCUGUUUGACAGGAACGGGAUCGUCGACCCCAUACCCAAUGGAAGGCUUUGGGCUUUGGCUUUCGGCGCCCGGACUCCAGCAGAACCCGGGAUACUGGCCAAGGCCUCUCGAGUUCAUCCCAGAACGCUGGACGGUAGCCGCCGACGACCCGCUCCACGCCGUACCCUUCGCGUGGGCGCCCUUCUCGCUCGGUCCCCGCAACUGCAUUGGGAUGGAGUUGGCUCUUACGGAGCUCAAACUGGUGUCCCUACUAAUGGUCCGAACAUUUGACAUAGAAGAGGCGUGGGAUGAGUGGGACAAGAAGCAAGGCUCUAAGGCUACCCCGUCCCAUAUGGUGGACGGCCAGCGCCUAUAUCAAAUUGGAAACGGCACCGUCCACCCCAAGGACGGCAUGCCUGUGCACGUGAGGCUGAGGAAUCACUCCCCGGUCUUAUCAUGA